AUGAACCCAGGGCGGGAUCGCGGACAGCAGGGACCCAGGCGUUUGCCGCUGGGUCCAAAAGCAUCAGAAUCGACGUGUUUGCCACGCGGUUCUGUGGCUUCAGGCUCCAAUCUCGCGCCUAGCGACCACGGCCCACACCGACUUCUGCCUCUCGCGCUUCUUGAGGAAUUCAAGAAGAAGACACUCACUUCCACAGCUCAUUUCCACGGCGUCGUCCGCAACGAAUGGGGUGUCUUCAUGGUCUUCAACGCCGAUCGCACAUCGCUCCUUCGCAUUCCCCGCCCCGACCACAGUUACCACUCCUAUCCUGCACUUUACAAGACGUCCUGGGUGAGCGUCCGACGAGCUCAUCUCGCCUGCUGCCCUCGCUAUCCCAUGUUCGACGGCGAUCUGCUCGGUGUUCUCGACGUAUCAAUGCGCUCGUUGCCAACGAAAAGGCAGGAAUUGGUGGAUGGCCCGUCUUGGGUUCUUGCCCCGGCCAUAGCGAACAAAUGGAUCAGUCUGGAAGGAUUUCUGAGCAGGGUCGUCACUGUCCUGCGUUAUCACGUCGGCCGACUUGUCCCAGCUGUAAGUUGCGGGACAAUGCACCCGCGCCCUAUCACAUACGGCUAUACGAACUCUUUCUCCUCGGAAGACGAACUCAUUUCGGCGGUGUCUCAUUCUCGAGACGCGUUCACACCUCUGCUGGCAGCCAUUGCGCUGUGUUUCCUGGCUCUCGACGGAUCUCCUCAAUGUGCCAACUGGCGUUCUUCAGUCAUGAGGAAUCUCGAUAUCCAACACCGCCUCAUGGACUCGCUGGAGGACGUUGUUGAACGUCUCCUUCGGCAUCCAGCAGGAAUGAUCUUGGAUUGUACAAUAGAGAGCCCGCGCGAGCUAGAUUGGCUUUUCCUACUCCUUGUCAAUGACACCGUUCACAUCCAUGUCCCGUUAUAUUUCUUUUUGGGCGAAGGCGAACAGGCUGUGCAACGAGCCACCCAUCUUGAGUCUUUCCAGUCGAUGCGCAACAUCCGUCUGGACGUUCAGAACUCAAUCCGCACAUUGAUCUCGCUUCCUUCAUUACCGGUCGCCACUGAAGAGUUUGUUUUUGUUCAGUCCACAAUGCGUCAAUUCGGGACAUUCCCCAAUCCUGAAUACUACGCAGCUCUGGAGACCAAAAAGCGGCAGUUUCCACCCGUUGAGCCUCACAGCGGCCAGAAGGCAGGGCAGAUUUAUACGGAUUUUUUUGCCUGCUGCAAAGCCCGGAAUGAGCGUAAGCUUGCCGAGGAAACGAUUGAGCAGAGGCAGACGCGUCUUCAACGAGAACAGAACGCCAAGUCGCAGAAUUGUCCUGGCAAAAAGGGUGCCCGAGUAUUCAAGUGGGAGAAGAUCGACGACUUCUGGGUCCGUCGACUUGUACAACGAAACUUGGUCGAGGAGGAAUGGUGCGAUUUUGCACCUUCACAGCGUGUCUACAACUCGUUUGCCAACGAAUGGGACCUCUGUGCACCCUUGGAUCCCAAAGCUCAAGUCGAAUACGAUGACGACGACGACAGCGACGACAAUCCCUUUGGUUACUACAGCUCACGUGCCAACUUUGCCGCUGAUUUCGACGACCAGCUUCCCACCGGACUAUCUGAUGAAGUACAAUUGACGCUGAACAACGCUUCUGCUGUCCUUCACCAUCUUGACGCGUACUACGACGACGACGACGACGACGACGAGAAGCCUACGAUCACAAACAUGGACGACAUCCCUGCUCAAAACGCUGUACGAGCCAUUCUCGAAUAUCGUGUGGGGCUUGUCGACCACACGGAGCGCCGCUUCGCUGAUACAGAAAUGAUCAAGCCUCGUGUCAGUGCCCACUUCCUCGGCAAUGGGACGUCCUCCACUCCCAAGCCACCAAGCGAUGCGGCCCUCGCAUUGCUGCAAGCAUUGUCCAAGGCAAAGCGUGUCCGAGACCUCCCCAAUGAUCUCUUUGACCUCGGCAACGACAAGAUAGCGGAUGACAUCUGGUCGAACAGUGGUGUUAGGGUGACAUUGCUCCAGGGUGUUAGUGCUCAAGCACAUCGCUCCACAGGAUAUGUCCUCAAACCGCGCAACCAAGCGGCACCUGGGAGACAGGUCCUCAUCUUCAGUGCUGCUUCUGUCAUGCAUCUCGUUCGCUGCCGUUGCCAGACCUGGGGCGAGAUCAUCUCACAUCUGUAUCAUCUCGGUUCUCCCUUCCACGUCGUUGUCGAGGACUCCAUCUUUGGACCAUCUUCCCAUCAACCGGACCUCUAUCAAUGUCGUAGCCUUGGAGUUCGCCCUGAGAGCUACAUUCCAGAGCAGCAGGAUCUUCGCACGUACUGGGACUCAAUGAAGCGCUUCCUCCUUUCUCCUCGUGGCCGACUAGCCCUUCAAGCUGGAGGCGUUGUUGCUCGGCUGGCACGCAAAGUCAUCGUGGACUCAGAAUUGGAGCUGAGAUCAGAUGAUGUCGACAUCGAGACCGCCGAGGAGCUAGUCAGAAGUGGGGAUACAGCGGUCUAUUACCAUGCAUUGAUGCAGGAGGAAAUGGAUCUUGUCCUCGGCGUGUACAGCGUCGAAAUGAACCAGCUGGAUCCCACCGCACGCAAUGGACAUCAAGAGAAACGUGUUUCGUGGUGGCCUCAAUCCGCAGCGUUUUUUACUUCGGGAAUGAGUGUCGGGUGGUGGACGCCAGAUUGCGAAAGAUGGUUCCAAGGCAUUCUGCAGGAGAUGGCGCAAGGCAGAGCUGUUGUUCUCAACAACACCCGUUGGAAGGAACGGAUUCGUGGGUACAGCGCUGCCUGGCGCCUUUCUAAGAAUCUCGACGCUGUCUGUGCCGACUUCCUUACCAAUAUCUGA